AUGGGAGGAAGGCCACGCCCAGAAAGGUUAAUGCAAGCUUUUAGAAAUGUUCUAGAUGAAUGCAAUCUGGUUGAUUUGGGGUAUGAGGGUCCAAGGUAUACUUGGUGUAAUAGAAGAUAUGAACAUGGUGUGGUUAGUGAGAGAUUGGACAGUUAUGUCGCUAAUCACAGCUGGAGAACAUGUUUCCCCUCUUCUCGAGUUGUGCAUGGUUUUACAGCAUACUCUGACCACUUGCCUAUAAUUCUUAUACCAAGUAGCAGCCAUAAUAGAUACCAACAGAAACUCUUCAGGUUUGAAGCAAUGUGGGUGGAGGAUGAUGAGUGUGGGGAUGUCAUUUCAAGAUGUUGGAAUGGGGCUACUGACAAUAGACCUAUGGAUUCUUUUAUUGACAGAUUGAGAAUUUGUAGUAGGGGUCUAGAGGCAUGGAACAAAAUGAAAUUUGGGCAUGUUGAAAAGCAAAUAAUAAAGGCCCGAGAAUCUCUACAAAGAUUACAACAUGCUGAUCCAAGUAGUAUCUCAAGAGAGGAACUUAUGCAGGCCCAAAAUAAUCUUUAG